UGUGCGAUUAUUAUUCAGAGUUUAAUAACACGCCCGUUACAAAACGGGGACACCUUGAGUUCACAGGAACUUUUUGGAUACUCUUAAGCUGAAAUGCAACAUUAGAGCAGAACAGUAUGAUAAUUUAAGGAUGAUUGGAACCACAAGACGUAACUUCCAUAUUGGUUUGACUCUAAAAGGAUGCUCUCCGGUUUAAGCUUAGCUGUCCUCCUUCUCCUGGACACAUCAAGUGCACACAAUACUUGCCAACCCUGCCUAUGUUCAGACCUCCUGUCUGAUGGUCUACAAGUUAACUGCAGCUCUUUAAACCUCAUGGAGCUUCCUCGUCUGCCCUCAGGCACCACAGAGCUCUAUGUGCAGAACAACCGGCUCACCUCAGUGCCUUCCGGCCUGUUUGACAAAUUGGUUGGUCUGAAAAGGGUCUCACUAUCUAGGAACCCCUUCCACUGUGACAGUAGGAUCCAAUACCUGAGGAACUGGUUGCUGAAGAACAGGGAUAUUGUCUCAGAGGAGCCCAUUUGUGCCAGUCCAAGCUCUGUGGCUCAGAAAGCCAUUACUGAACUCAGUGAUGACUCCUUUUCUUCCUAUGCCCUGGAAAACUGUACAGAUGCGGCUUAUAACACCAUGAUGGGAGUGAUGCUAUGCUGCCUCAUUGUUCUGCUUCUGAUGACCUUGAGACUAGCCAAAACUUCCACCUUCAUUCUGUACAUAGAUGAGAGACAUUCAGGAUUGGAGGCCGACUCUUUGCGCUCACUUAAGCCCAAACACAGGAGGAGGCUGCACUCUGCACUGUCAGAGGCCAGGCCGUACUCUGACUCUCUCACUCACGAGGAGGAUCAAGAAAAGCCACUUAUCAACAUGGAGUUACUGCCGCAAGUACUGGAUGUGUUGCACAAGAAGCACAAUAUAAAGAUAAAGGCUACCUGAGGGACCUCUUUGUCUACUACGGUGGAAUUACAAAAACACUACACAAUGGAAAGUAGAAUUGAGGGCGAUAACAAAACAUGGUGUUUUUGCAAUAAAGUUGUUUUUAAACGCUA